AUGGUUGCAGUCCGGCCACCUGUUUCACCAACUUACCUAGAGGAAAAUGAAGUCAGUCGAGAAUAUGUGAAUGAGAGAGAAGUGGACGAGUUGGCCUUAGAGUUGAAAACUCAAAUUGACUUUCCUAUUGAAACUCUCACGUUGGUUGAGGAAGAAAAAUCCGCCCAAGAGAAUGCGGUCCAACAAGCGGUCAAGGUUGAACACCAAAAUAGGACCCAACUUGAUACGUCCAUUCUUGAAAUUAGUGAUCAACAGGAUCAAAAAGAGAAAUGUCUGAAUAAGACCCAAUCUGAAGUGGUCAUAAUAGACAUGGUUGUAGGGGACCAGUCAGAUGUGAUUAGACCACAAUUAGAAAUGGUCAAGUUUAUCAGACCCCAACAGAGGGCCAAGUUCGGCCAAUCAAGCAGACUUGGGGGGCAAGGAAAUUCGGCCAGCAUAAAAGGAAAAAAUAGUUAUGGUCAUACCAAGGUGACUUGCACACCAAUUUACAACUUGCGCAAUCGUGAAAUCCAUGCAGAAAGUAAGAAGGGCUCACCACUUGGAAUUAAACAUGGAUGGCCACCCCCUUGGUCUCCAUAA